AUGUGGUUCAUUGCUGUGACACAACCAAUUAAAUAUUCAAAGCAUCGAAAUAAUAAAAGAGUUUUUGUAACAAUAGCUUUUGUUUGGCUGGUGUCAGCUGCAAUUGGUUCUCCUAUCAUGUUGGGAUUGAACACUUCGCCAGAAAGGGUGUCUACACUCUGUGUCUUCUAUAAUUCAGAUUUCAUCAUAUAUUCAUCUCUCAGUUCAUUUUACAUACCCUGCAUUGUCAUGGUCUUCCUUUAUUAUAGGAUAUUCAAAGCCAUCCACGAACGGGCAUUAAAACAGAAAAAAAGAGCCAAUCUAAGUAAAAUACCCUUCAACAGGAGAUCGUCCAAAAGACAAAGUAAGAACGUAAAGGAUGACAAAACGACAAGUUCCAACCUCCAAGUUUCCAUGGAUACCGAAAUGGGUACAACAAACGUCACAAGUUCGAUUCCCCAGGAAGACGAAAUUGAAGAAGACGACGAAGACGAGGCGAACAUGCUCGUGGAUGGUGACGAGACUCCCAGAAGCCUCCUGAAAGGCAGCUCCACCCCCGUUAUCGUGAAACUAACGACCCAAAGUGAAACUGGUAACAGCAACACGGAUUCAGGAUACGAUGGUCCCUCCCAAAUCGAAACUCAUUUUUCUAUUAAUGCAAAAAUUGAAACUUCCUCUUCCGGAAGUCCGAGCGGAUCGCCAAAAGUUAACGACACGCCAAGAGAUGGGCAGAAACGGAAUGGGAUCUGCGUCAAAUCCUCGCCAAAGACAAAAACUAAUGCUUGCGAGAUAGUGAUAGAAAGAAAGAAGAAAUCAAGGUUCAAUCUUGGAAAAAGGCAUAAAAGUAGCAGCAAGAAGAGAGAAAAAGCUUCUGUAAAAAGAGAACGAAAAGCAACAAAAACACUCGCCAUAGUUUUAGGAAUGUUCCUCAUGUGCUGGGUUCCUUUUUUCACUUGCAAUAUUCUAGAUGCAAUAUGCAUAAAAUUAGAGUCAGACACCUGGAGGCCCGGUGUGACUGCUUUUCUUCUGACUACGUGGCUUGGUUACAUCAACAGCUGCGUCAACCCCGUCAUCUAUACCAUUUUCAACAUUGAAUUUAGAAAAGCCUUUAAAAAACUGUUGCAAGAUAUGUGGACUUGUUGCCCGGUUAAAUAAAUAUUUUUUUUUUCUCCAUAUAUCUAUGGAAUAGAAUUAAAUAGACUCUUUUUUGAAUUCAAUAUAACGAAGCUCAUCUAUUGCUAAUAUAUUUAAGAGCUUUGUUUGAUGGUUUGAUACACGUAAAAAAAACUGUAUAUAAAUGUUAUGUUGUACAUAAUUGUGAAAAUUUUCAACUGAUCUGUUUAUUAUUAUUGAAUGUGAAUGUAAGUCAAUGUUCAGAGAUGUCGCUCAAUUUUUUCAUCUUGGCCAAAGUUAAUCGUCCAUUACAAGUACUUAGAUGUUCAAUAUUCAACUUUAUUAUUUAUUGUUGAAUAAUGAUAUAUUUGAAUUAUACGAAUCAAAUCCAUUCUUCUUCUUUAACAUGUUAUGCAUAAUGAUUUCUUGAAAUUCACAUAACCAUAUAUAUUUAAU